GUGUUGUGAGCAGUGGGAAAAUUAUAUGAGAUUGUUUGCAGUCUAAAAGAGAAAUAAUUUUUCUUUAAAUUGUAGAUGUGUAAUUUAUUUUAUUCUUUUUUAUUCUUUAAUAUGCAUCUGAAUGUAUAAAGAAAUGUACUUGAAUCUUGUCAUCAUCAGUCCGCGAGAAAGCGUAAUUUGUAUUCGUUCGUUAUAAUUUUUGUGAAAGCUGAAAAGGGUCACAAAUAAGAAGCAAAGAACGUGAGUAUUUAUACUUAUGGUAGUGAUAUUUGCUAGGAAUCAUUGAUGGAUAACUGUAAUUCGAAGAACGAAUUAGAAGGUGAUUCUGAUGUAAAAAUUGAAUUUUGCGAUGCAGAUUCUUUGGAAGAGAAUUCUGAAUCUGCAAGCCAGUAUUACGACUCUGAGUCUUGCGAUAGCCCGUCUGGUAAUGAAAAUUCGUCUCUUCAACGCAGACGAUAUGGGGAUGAUGCAUAUGAAAGUGAUGGCACUUUUGUCGAGCGUAGAUAUGGAAACCGUUCUCGAGAUCCGCAAGCUGAGAGACCUUAUUCCUGUCACCUAUGUCCUAGUGCCUUUAGUAUCAAAAGCAGACUUUUGACACAUAUAAAAAUCCAUACAGGUGAUAAGCGUUAUAAAUGUGAGGUAUGUGAUAAAAGAUUUGUCCAGUUGGGCCAGUUGAAGAAUCACAAAGUUACCCACACAAAUGAAAGACCUUUUGUAUGUGUUACAUGUGGUGCAUCAUUCAAAGACAAAAAUUGUUGGAGCAGGCAUCAGCGAAUGCAUUCAGGUUUUAAACCUCUAACAUGUGAUGAAUGUAAAAAGUGUUUUAGAGAUAAAACUGCAUUAGAGAAUCAUAAACGAAUUCACACAGGGGAAAAGCCAUUUAAGUGUGAUAUAUGUAAUAAAAAAUUUAUGUCUAGGAGUUCUCUUAAUUAUCAUUAUAAGUACACUGAGAAAAUGAUUUAUGAAUGUAAUGUAUGCUCUGUUUCAUUUAGUGGUAGAAAAUCUCUGUUGGAUCAUGAAAAGACCCAUGUGAAAAAAUCAUUUUUGUGUGAUGCUUGCAAUAUAACUUUCUCAGAGUAUUCCGAAUUUGAAAAACAUAAAUUAAUUCAUACGACUAAUGAAAUUCAUGUUUGUGAUAUAUGCAAUAAGUCAUUCAUGAGUGAGUCUAGUUUGGAGGUUCAUUUAAAAAUGCAUACUAAGGAAAAACCACACAAGUGUAAAAUUUGUCAGAAACAAUUCGCUUUCACUAAAACACUCUUGAAGCAUUACUUGGUUCACGAUGAUGAACAACGUUUUAAAUGUAAACUGUGUCCCAAAACCUUUAAAGAGAGUUCUGCCUUGGAGAAACACAUACAGCUUCAUAAAGAAAAACGAUAUGCAUGCGAGAUGUGUGAGAAAUCAUUUGCUCGGAAAGGUUUCCUAAAUAUGCAUAUGCGUGUGCAUAGUAUUGACAAUCCAUAUGUUUGUGAUAAAUGUCAUAAAAAGUUUGCUUGUAAAAGUGCUUUAGAACAGCAUGUGUUGGUUCAUACCGGUGAAAAACCUUAUGCAUGUGACAUUUGUCCCAAAAGAUACAAGAGAAAAUCUCUUCUUCGAAAGCAUUCUCGUAUUCAUGAAGGUGAAAACAUUCAAUACAAAGUUGAGGAAUAAGUUUUAUCAACAUGAAUCACCAGGAAAGCCUUUAAUAAGUGUAUAAAAAUAUUACUAACUGUAUCUUAUGUGAGAGUUUGAUUUCAAAUUUUUUAUUAGUGUAAUCUUUUUAUUUAACAGUAUGAGAUUCCUUGAAACCAUAUUAUUAAACAGCAAGAUUUAUUUGUAGAAUUUCUUAUUAUUACAUUAUCAUUUAAAGGAGAAAAGCUUUUUGAAGCAUGUAAUUGCCUAUUUCUUUAUUUGUAAAUGU